UUCUGUGAAAACUCAAUGUCCCACAAUGCAGCGUGAACGACCAAGUAAAUCGCGCCUGCGCGCUAAGCAAUCCCUCUUUGGACCUACGUCUCCACUGAAACGAUGGCCAAGCGUACCAAGAAGGUGGGGAUCGUGGGUAAAUAUGGCACGCGUUAUGGCGCGUCGCUGAGGAAGAUGGUGAAGAAAAUUGAAAUAUCCCAGCAUGCGAAAUACACCUGCUCUUUCUGUGGCAAGACCAAGAUGAAGAGGCAGGCUGUUGGUAUCUGGCACUGUGGGUCCUGCAGGAAGACAGUGGCUGGAGGUGCCUGGACUUACAACACAACGUCCGCUGUCACAGUCAAGUCCGCCAUCAGGAGACUGAAGGAGUUGAAGGACCAGUAAACCAAGUGCGAUGAUCACUGGUGGAUUUGGGACUCUGUUUUCUAUAAUUUAACCGACCUGGACAUGGCCUCAACAUCCAAAAAUAAAGCGGUCUGGAGCGGAA